AAGUGAAAUGAGGAAGGAAACCCAGUAUAAGAAAGCAGAACCACAUUUGCUUCACAGGCUCUUCGUGGGCAGAACUAACGAAUGCUGCAAUUGGAAGGCACAGGACGGAGAACCCUCCCAAACGAAGUUAACGCUGGAAACCAUGAACGCCACGGCGAUGCGGGGCCUCAAUGGGUCUGAGCGCUGCCCCAGGGACACGCGGAUAGCACAGCAGGUGUUCCCAGCCCUCUACACCGUGGUGUUCUUCGCCGGCCUUCUGCUGAACACCCUGGCCCUGUGGGUGUUCGUUCACAUUCCCAGCUCCUCCACCUUCAUCGUCUACCUCAAGAACACUUUGGUGGCCGACUUGAUAAUGACACUCAUGCUCCCCUUCAAAAUCCUCUCUGACUCACACCUCGGACCCUGGCAACUCAGAGCUUUCGUGUGUCGCUUCUCGGCUGUGAUCUUUUAUGAGACCAUGUAUGUGGGCAUCACGCUGCUCGGCCUCAUAGCCUUUGACAGAUUCCUCAAAAUCAUCAAGCCUUUCAAAAAAUGUUUUGUUAAAAAACCUGCUUUUGCAAAACUGGUCUCAGUCCUCAUCUGGCUCUUUCUGUUCUUCAUCUCCCUGCCAAAUAUGAUCUUGAGCAACAAAGAAGCAACGCCGUCGUCUGUGAAAAAGUGCGCCUCUCUGAAGGGUCCUCUGGGGCUGAAAUGGCACCAAGUGGUAACUUACACCUCCCAGGUUAUUUUCUGGACGGUUUUCAUCCUAAUGCUUCUGUUUUACAUGGUGAUAGCAAAAAAAGUAUACGAUUCUUACAGAAAGUUCAAAAGUAAGGACAGCAAGAACAACAAAAAACUGGAAGGUAAAGUAUUUGUUGUCGUGGCUGUCUUUUUUGUAUGUUUUGCGCCAUUUCAUUUUGCCAGAAUUCCAUAUACUCAAAGUCAAACCAACAGUAAGACUGACUGUACAUUGCAAAAUCAACUGUUUAUUGCUAAAGAAACAACACUCUUUUUGGCAGCAACUAACAUCUGUAUGGAUCCCUUAAUAUACAUAUUCUUAUGUAAGAAAUUCACAGAAAAGCUACCAUGUAUGAGAGGGAAAAAGACCUCAGCAUCAAGCCAGGAAAACCACAGCAGUCAGACAGACAACAUAACCCUAGGCUGACAAUGUUAGACAGAAUUAACUUCUAUUUAUUGCUGAGAUCUCUUUGGAAAUCAAACUUGAGCAACAGGGUAAAAGGAUGAGAAGAAAUGCUUUCUCAGGUUUCAUUAUCCUGGUGUAGAAAAAAAGAUUAUAAAAAUUUUAACCUCACAUAGAUCUAGUCACAAGCAGAGUGAACUCUCAUUCCGAGAAUGUAACAGAAAGCAGACGGCCACUAGAGGUCAUGCUUUCAAAAAUGUUCACUUAACAUUUUGGAAAAGAUUAAGAAGAAAUGUAUAUCCCCCCAAAUCUCUCUAACCAUCUUAUCACAUUCUUAUCACAUUCUUCAGUACACAUAAUUCAAAAAACACUACUGCUUCUGUAUCACUCAAAUGUUGAUACUUUCUGAUUUAAAUCAAACGAACAACUCAACCUCUAAAGUCCACUGGUGAAAUAUGAAGCCUGGGGAUGAAAGAGAUGCUCCUGGCAAAGAGUUUGAGGAUCUGAAGUGGUUCAGAAAUCCUGGAGGAAGGAUUCUCUUCUUACACUUGCAAAAAGCCACUUCCACAUGACCGCUUUACAUCACUGGAGGCAUGGAGAACAGAAUUAAAACUACUUUGCUUAUGUCUUUAGUGUGUACAAUUCGAGGGUGACCAUGGUAUGUUAUGUGUAGAGUUCUCCCUUUGCCCAGCAAAUAUUCUAAUGGUUGAACAAUUUACCUACUCGGCAAAGCCUCCUUGGGUCCCAGCCCAUAUCCCCCUGCCCUGUCUGUGGGGAGAAAAGAGGAGACGUGAGAAAUGUGCAGGACGUGACCACCAGAAUAAGACCAGGGUCUUUAUCUGGACAUGACCUUGGGUGGCUGGAUUGUUAUGAGCAGAA